AUGCAAAAACUGACGGAGCGCAUAGACGACCUGAAGCAAAGAAUAGCUGCUUGGGGAAAGCGGAUUCGGCGAUAUACCGAGAGGUCGACACGGUUCAACCAGAAUCGUCUCUUCCAGAGUGAUCAGAAGAGGCUCUAUAAAUCAUUGGAGCGACCAAUAGUAAGUGGAACGGGCCCUGCACCAAAUCAGGCCGACAUGGUCGCAUUCUGGCGCAGCCUGUGGUCAGAGCCCGUAAACCACAACGAGGGCCCUUGGACGGAAGUUGUGGCGAGUCAGUAUGCGAGUAUUACGCCCAUGGACCCCGUCAUCAUAACGCCGGAUGACGUAGCUGAGGCGGUCCGUAGGGCCCCGAACUGGAAAAGUCCGGGGCUUGACGGGCUGCAUCACUACUGGCUGAAGGGGUUCAUGGUGUGUCACUCUGUGCUCGCCCGACAGUUUCAAGAGGCUCUCAACCAGAAGUCGCUCCCAAGCCUCUUCACUACUGGGAUCACUCAUUUGGUUCCUAAAGAUCAGGGUGCCACAGACCCGAGCAAAUACCGCCCCAUCACAUACACCGUUCACGGUAUCAAAGUCAACGAUCGCAAUGACCACGAACUGUUAUUCAAACUUGUUGACUCUUUAAACAUUGACAUAUGGGACCACGGGGCACCAGCUUUGCGAGAUGCCAUGAUAGAUGCGUAUUUAGAGAGAAUAGCAUCACAGUAUCCUGAUAUUGUUACCUUAGUUAAUUCUGGACCAAGUUUUGAAGGACGUGACAUAAAAUAUUUGAAGAUCUCGACAACAAAUUUCACCGACGCCUCGAAACCGAUCUACUUCAUGAACGCGAUGCUGCACGCUCGUGAGUGGGUCACCGCUCCGGUUACUCUUUAUUCCAUCCAUAGGCUAGUCGAGGACGUACGGUCUCAAGAUCGAGAUCUGCUGGAAAAUAUUGACUGGAUAGUUAUGCCGCUGGCCAACCCUGAUGGCUACGAAUAUUCACAUACAGAUGAACGAUUGUGGCGACGCACGCGCUCGUUCAAUCCAUCUGUCAGUACAACUUGCUACGGUGUCGACGCCAAUCGCAACUUCAAUGUAUCUCACAACACGCUCGGCGUUUCCUCUGAUCCCUGUUCUAAUGUUUACCCCGGUCAUGUCCCAUUCUCAGAAGUAGAAACGGGAUACAUCAGGGAUAUCCUGCUGGAAUACGUGGACCGCAUACAAUUAUACCUCGAUAUCCACAGUCAUGGGAAUUACAUAUUGUUUGGCUAUGGAGAUACUAGUCUCCCACCCAAUGUCCUACAUUUGCACCAUGUGGGAGCUGUGAUGGGGUCUGCAAUUGAUGCCCUCAAAUUACCUGAAGAGCGAUACUAUUUGGUGGGGAACAGUGCUUUGGUUCUGUAUGUAUCUUCUGGAAGUGCUCAGGAUUAUGGACAACUCGUGGGUGUUCCGUUCUCCUACACCUUAGAACUGCCAGGCUAUGGACAGGCAUUCACAGUGCCACCACAAUAUAUCGAGCAGAUCAACGAAGAAACCUGGCAUGGUAUAGCAGCGUCAGCGAGGGCUUCUCUUAUUCACUAUAAAGCCCGGUUCAACAACUGA